CAGGAGGAUGUCAGAACAUAACUUGCUAUUUUACGCUUAUGCAGCGCUUGGUGUACAAGCUGUAGGCAGUGUAUACACAGGCAGCUGGGGAGCACUUAAGACACCAAAAGCUACAAAGAAAGCAAUCAGGGAAGCCAAAGGCGAGGAAGAAGAUGACGAGGACGAGAAAGAUGAAGAAGUCGCAGAGAAGUUAAACGCUGGCGAUGCGAAGAUGUUCCCUAUUAUCGGCAGUGCAGUACUCGGAUCACUCUUCCUGAUAGUGAAGUACGUAAGCAAAGAGUACUUGAAUUUGUUAUUAGGCUGCUAUUUCUCCCUUAUUGGUGGAUUCGCAGGUGCAAAAUACCUCGACAGCGCAUUCUACAACCUUAUCGGAACCAGUUUGUACAACAAGCUGUUCCCAAAGUGGAGACUUCUCCUCGUUAAAGGAAAAGAAGAGGAAGCACGUUUCCCAUUCACAGCCUCCUCCAUUGGUUUCCUCGUCGUUUCACUAGCAGCGUCACUUUCAUACCUCUACUUUGAAAGACCAUGGUACUUAAACAAUUUCCUUGGCUUGUCCUUCGCCUGGACAGGUAUCAAGUUGAUAGAAUUGGAUAGUCUCAAGACAGGCGCUAUCCUCCUCUCAGGAUUGUUCUUCUACGAUAUAUUCUGGGUAUUCUUCACACCAGUUAUGGUUUCAGUAGCCAAAGGUUUAGACGCACCAAUUAAGUUGUUGUGGCCAAAAGACGCUGGUUUAUCAUUUAUCGCUGAAUUAGCACAAAAAGCAGGAUACGAAUGUGAAUGUCUCUCAAAGUACCUCUCAGGUGAUGCUCCUGGAUUCACUUUAUUAGGUCUUGGUGAUAUCGUCUUACCAGGUGUUUUUGUUGCACUUUGUUUAAGAUUGGAUUUACAUUUAGCAACAGUAAGACAUCAUCAACAACAGAAGCAAGGUUUCCCACCAACUGCAUCUGAUAAAUUCUGCAAACCAUACUUUACAACUUGUUUAGUUGCUUACUUUUUAGGUUUGUUAACAACUGUCGUUGUUAUGCACAACUUCAAAGCUGCACAACCUGCAUUAUUAUACCUUAGUCCUGCAUGUAUAGGAUCAGUAGCUAUUGCUUCCUACAUCCGUGGAGAAUUCAAGGAAGUUUGGACAUGGACAGCUGAGGAGGACAAAGAAGAUAAAGCGGAAGAUAAGAAAAGCAAGUGAAUGUAAAUAGAGAUAUAAUAAAUUAUUAAAAUUAUAUAACAAGGAUAAUUACACGACGCUUAUGAUUCGUCCAUCUCUUGUUCUUGUUCAUCUUU